UAAUUCUCAGUGACGGCCUUGGUCUAUUGACAGAAAUAGCAGACGACAAGUGCGCUCCUCGUCUUUUGCUGGGGCUGCUACUUGACGGGAAUACAAAACGUUCUUCUUUCCUCGUAUCAACCUUCUCUUUCUCUCCCUCUAUUUUUUCUUCAUAUACGCGUACAAAUUGUUGAAUUUCGGGCUCGAGGCGCUUGCGUCAAAGUGUAUUUGUGUGUGCCGUGGACGAUUGUCCGGUGAUCGGGUGGGGUGGCCCUGGAUGUGAUUCUUCAUAGUAAACACGCGCGAUUAAAACACAACGCUCAUAAAAACAAAAAAACCGCGUUUGAAUCUUAACACAAUAACCAAUUGAACAAACAUUCGAAUAAUCGCGAGAGCCAUGAAUCGAAGCGCAAUGCGAAGUAACAACGAGACGAUUACGAACGAAGAUACACGACGAAAAAUGGCGGAUCACACCGAAUUCGGUCCACGAAAGACAAUUAUCGUUUUGGCCAUUGUUGCCGGAUGUUUCGCUAUUUUGUGGCCCAAAAUUUUUUAUCCCAUGCUCAGUUCUCCUGUCAAUACAAUACACACCCCGAUUGACGGACCCGCUUGCUGCGAUUUGAUAUUCGAAAGCGACGUCAAUGCAGUGGACAUAAUGCAGGAAAUGUGUAAAAACAUAUUGAGGCAUCAUCAAGUCGAUCCCAGAGUACGAGAUGCCUUAAAAUCGAACAAAUUAACGCCUCAAAGUGCGAGUUUCUGCAGGGACGAAGUUUUGGCCCGAUGUGGUAUAGAUCUCUCCUCUUUUCUCGCCGAGAAAGAGCGACUGGGAAAAACGUAUAAACAAGUUUUGGAAGAAAUAAGAACUUUCAAUAGCUCUCUGUGCCUUAAAAAUCAGUUCGGCGUACCGCUCUCGCAAUUGGGAACUCCACAUCUCAUAAGAUAUCAUAUUUUAAUGCCACACAGUCCGAUGAGACAGGAGCGAAGAGUGCCACCCCACGCCGGCGGACUUCAUCCGGCGUUGCAACAACGCGGCAGAGCCAUUCCCUCUUCGCACAUUGUUCCAAAAGUCGAUGGCCGACCGGAUCACGUUGUUAUUGAAAAAAUGAGACCGCCUCUCGGCGCCGCCGGUCGUGUUGUCCCAACGCCGAGCGGCAGCAACAGUAUGGGCAUCAUUAUGCCACUCUACACUCUCGGAAUAUUUCUCUUUUUCCUCUAUACCAUUGCUAAGGUAAUGCGAAAAAAUUCGGACAACGAGAUAUACGCGGAAUAUCAAAACCCCACGGCAGAAAGAGAGUUCCGAAACAAAGUUUUCAAUCCAGAAGUCCUGACGAGUGCAAUGACCGGAGGAGGAGCGUCUUGCUACAGAAAAGAGCGUUCGCCAUCGCCGAUGCGGCCAGUUCCGACGAUCGAGGAGUUGAAGGAGCAAGCCGCUGGAGACAUAGAGAUAGAUCAGCUGAGGCAACGUUUGGUCGACACGGAAGCAGCGAUGGAGAGAAUAGUCGUACAGAUGGGCAGCUUGUCACGUACGGUCGUAAAUAGCCAAAGCCCUCAUCAAGAUACACAGUUGCAGGACGAAUGCGUAUUGCGAUCAUGCUGUAGACGAGGUCAAAAUGAAGGCGAGGAACUUGACGAAUCUUCGCCAACUGUUAAAGUCAUGGGAAUGGAAAUGACCGCUUGUUGCGAAGGUGGCCAGAGAAUCAGCCGCCCAACAACUCCCAUCAUCACUCAUACUCAGCCGGAACGAGAAAUGACUCCACCGAAGCCGAUUUACCUCGAGGGUGCAUUGCCACCUCAGUGUGAAUUGUUGGUAACGGAUUCGGAGACACAAGCCGAAAAUUCGGAGGACGAUACGGAAGCGCCGGUUGUAUUGUCAGGCAAAAUGACCCUGUCACUCAUCAGCCACGAUCAAAAUCAAGCUGAAACCGAGGACUCGAGUCUCGAAGAAAAAGUAAAUCCGUCGAGAGCUGUCAAUAUACGAGAGAAACGAGAGUUGGGAAAUAUCGAUAAAGCGGGAAAUCCCGAAUUGAAGAAAGCGAAAGAAGGCUCCAAAGUUGAAGAAGGUUCCGAAGAAGAAGAAGAAGAAGAAGAAGAGGAGGAAGAGGAAGAGGAAGAGAGCGAAGUAGAAGAGGGCGACGAUGAGGAAGAAGACGACGAGAAUUACGAGGAAGACGACGAAGCGGAAGAAAACGAGUCGAGUGAGGAGGACGAGGAGGAAGAAAAUAAAGUUUCCAGAGCGGGAAUCGUUUCUGGGCAAAGCAGCAAUAAUCAAAUAGGAAAAACCGCGAACACGCUGAUUAUGAAAAAUAGUACAGACGACGAGGACGAAGACGAGGAAGAUGAAGAAGAGGAAGAGGAGGAAGAGGGCAAGAAAGAAGGGAGUGAAAUAGCUGAUUCGGAACACAACGAAAACGAAGAUUCGAAGGAAGAAGAUGACGAUGAAGAAGAGGAGGAGGAGGAGGAGGAGGAAGAAGAGAGCGAAGCAAUUAGUAGCGAAGAGGAAGAAGUUCCGAAGCGAAGGAGUUAAAUAAUAAUGAAUCGUUUAUCUCGAAGUGGGCUAAUUCAUAAAUCAUGAUAAUUAAGCUUUAAGAAAAGCAAAAAAGGAUAAAGUUCAUAGAGUCCUUCGAGAUAUUUCACAUAGCGCUAUUUUUUACAACAGCCCAAUCGUAUUAAUGAUGGAAAAUGGAAGAAAAAUAUGGGAGAAAACCCUCCAGUUGAAGCCUGAAGAUAAUAAUAUAUAGAACGUCAAGACGCCGUCGUUAUAUAAAGAUUAUAAAAACAAAAGAAGAUUAAAAUGUAUAUUCAUAUCGUAAUUCCAUUCAGAGAUAUUACACUGUUCAGUCGUUCUCAUCUAUUUUAUUUAUUCCAUGCUAUUAUCUCAAUCUUAUUGCUCUAUCAUUUGUUAUUAUGUAUUUACAGUAAUGUACAAACACAGAUACACACGAACUAAAACAGUCGGCAUCGUUGUUAUCUAGCCGUUCGAAACCCGAUGAGUUUAUACAUUGUGAAAUAAAAACGCGAAUGUUGCAGAGAUUUAAAAA